AUGAGCAGCAACUCGGCGAUUCUCGGAAUGGAGGAGGAGGACAUGCUAAGACUUGAUCUCCUCACAGCCACAUCUGAAGGAAACUAUCCGAAGGUGAAAAAGUUGCUCGAUUUGGGCGUACCGGUUGACUCGCACGAUGACGAUUUUGUGACUCCAUUGCAAAUAGCUGCUGCUCUUGGGGAUAAUUGGAUGGUUUCCACCUUCAUCGAUAUUGGCGCUAGCAUUGAUUCAUGUAAUCAAGUGGGUAUGACGGCUUUUCAUCACGCUUGUCGAGAGGGUCGUCUAAAUGUGAUCGAAACUCUACUGCAACGUGGGGCUGACAUUCACAAAUUCACCUUCCUUGGAGCAACCGGCUUAACCCUAGCGACAGCAGGAGGCCAUCUCGAUGUAGUGAAGAAACUUGUCGGUUUACAUUUGGAAGUCUCGCCAAAACCCUACGGACCGACGCUCACAAACUCUUUCUGUCCAUCGCCAUUGAUUGUGGCGGCUGUUGGGUCGAGUCCACAAAUUUGCGGCUAUCUAACAUCCAGAGGCGCUCCUGUGGAUGAGGUGUUGGCACCAUUGCUCAAUUUGACCGCACUCACAUCGGUGAUUCUCUGCUCGCGACCUGAAAGCUCUUACAACACGAUUGUGUCUGCGUUACUCGAUUUGGGAGCCGAUCCAACUCGGCGAACAUUUCGAAACGGAAAAUCAGCAAUCGAGUUAGCAGAUGAUUUGAAACGAGAGGAGAUCCUAUUGAAUCUUUACGACAAAAAUCGAAUUCGACACGAUCUCGCUCAGCCAACCGAUUUCCGGCAACUUCUCCGCGAGAAUGCGCUCGAUCAAUUACCCGAAGCGCUUCAAACAAAGACAACGAAUUUGCCGGAUGCGAUUACUCCAUUGAUGUGGGCGGUUGCGGUGGGAAGUGCACAAGGAGUUUACAAACUGUUGGAGAUGCGCUACAAUGUUGACGCACAGGAGACAAAGUAUGGGUACUCAGCGUUGAUGUUGGCCGCCUUUUUGAGAGAAGACGAAAUCGUGGAUCUCCUCCUGGAGAUGGGCGCCGGUGUCGAAAGAACUGAGCCGAACACAUUACACCAAACUUCUUAUGAUCUCUACCUUACAGCUACAGAAGACACCCUUCCGGAGAUCCGAGCUCGUCUCCAUCGCUACAAACCAAAAGAGAAAAGUCUGAAUCGAGGGAAAAGCAAGAAGUUCUCGACAUCGGGAUCGAAGACCUUGUUGAAAAGAUUUGGACAAAUCACGCAAAUGAUGAGCAAAACGAAGAACCAAUUGGGACUCUCGGAUCCACAAGAAGGAGCAAGUCAUAUCAAUAUGAGGGAUUGGACAGAGAAUCGGAUACAAUCGGCGCUGGUUGAUGGAAGGAAUCAUCGGAAGCUUGUUCGCGUCGAGCAGAUCCUUCACCGUUUGCGUCACAUCUCUCCACCUAUCACAAGGAGUCUCGACAGCGAUUUUGAGGCGGUUCGAAGUUUGGCGGCGGAAAACGCCACUUUCGCUUUGACGACUUUCUACGAUCACUACAGCGAGACGCACAUCGAGCGUCGUGUUGAAUCCGAGCCAACUAGUCUCGAGUAUGAUGUGGCAAUGAAAUACGCUAAAGAAUAUAGCUAUGAUCGAGGCAAAGAGAAACCACAAAGAAUGGUGGUUAAACCAAGAGCUUUGCCAACUCAUUUGCUAUAUCAUCGAAAGGAAACGAUCAGUUCUGAUCGUCGCCCGCGCUCAAUCGUCGGUUAUCCGGAUGGUCAAAGUCCGACUUUUUCUCUCAGAACCACUCCAAGAAUGAUCAAGAAAUCCCGGGAUUCUUUGGUGUUGGAUGGGAUGAAUGGUACGAGCGAUGGAUCACCGGGGAGAGCCUCUCUACACGCGAAUUUCCUCUUUCCACCGUCUGGUGAUUAUCAACAGCACAUGCGAAAAAGUGUUUCCACUCCAUCAUUACCCGGUCCAUCGAAUCUCUCGUCAGUGAUGGGCCCACGAAUCACCGAGUAUCACAGCUACAGUAUGCGAUCGACAAUGCCAUUGCACGAUCUACAGGGAAAAGAAACUCUAAUUUGGGAUGAGAUGCGCAGUUGUGGUCUCUCCGAGUAUGUGCAAGUGAUGAUUGAAGAGGAGAUCGAUUAUGAGACAUUUUUCGCUCUCUCUUGCGAGGAUCUCAACAAAAUGAACAUUCGUGAUAAAGAGACGAUCGACUCGAUAAUUGAUAUACAAAAUCGUUUAGAGAAAAAGGGUUAUUCGUUUUAUAGC